AUCAGAAUUUAUUUACACGUAGCCGAGGAAGCCAUAGCCUCAGACUCAGUUCCCCCGGAACCAUGGCUCACUCCGCGUCUUUAUAUCCCACACUUUGCUUCCACGCCGAUUCUACUUCAAAUUCCAAAUCCAGAUUGUUUCUGUGUCCACCCCCUCCCAAGCUCAUUAAAUUUCCCAGAACCCCACCGGUGUCCGCCGUGGCCACGGAACUCCCCCUCGUCGACGGGGCCACAAUUGCAGCAAUCGGUGGAGGUUCGGUUGCCGCAUUGGCUGCCCUCGUAUCUCUCACCGACCCGGAGAGACGCCGCCGUCUCCAGGCCGAAGAGGUGGGCGGCGUCGACAAGGAUGUGGUGAGAGAAUAUUUUAACAAUUCGGGGUUUCAGAGGUGGAAGAAAAUAUACGGAGAGACGGAUGAUGUGAACCGGGUGCAGCGAGACAUUAGGUUGGGGCACUCCAAGACCGUGGAGAAUGUGAUGGCCAUGUUGAAGGACGAUGGGCCACUCGCAGGAGUAACAGUGUGUGAUGCUGGCUGUGGAACCGGUAGCUUAUCCAUUCCCCUGGCUAAGGAAGGCGCCAUCGUCUUCGCCAGCGACAUUUCUGCUGCUAUGGUCCUGGAAGCCCAAAACAAGGCAAAAGAAGAGCUUGUAGGCGUGAUGCCAGAAUUUGAAGUGAGAGAUUUGGAGAGCUUGGAGGGGAAGUAUGAUACGGUGGUAUGUCUGGAUGUUCUGAUACACUACCCCCAGAACAAGGCAGACGGGAUGAUUGCGCACCUUGCAUCGCUGGCUGAGAAGCGUUUGAUCAUGAGCUUUGCGCCAAAAACAUUUUACUACGAUCUCCUGAAGAGGGUGGGGGAGUUGUUCCCAGGACCUUCCAAGGCAACCAGGGCAUAUCUGCACUCAGAGGUAGACGUAGAGACCGCACUGCGGAAAGUUGGGUGGAAAAUAAGGAAGAGGGGUCUAAUCACCACCCAGUUUUACUUUGCCAGAUUGGUUGAGGCAGUUCCAGUUUGACGAUUCACACCCCUUCUAGUACUCUACGUCUAUUGUUCCCUUUGUAUCACUAUAUCAUUCUUCCUCUUCCUCAACUUAUUACAACAACUAUAAUGCCGAUUGCCGGAUUUCGAUUUACACUGCCUCCCCUCGUAUCCAUCUGAAUGCAGUUUUUGUGUCACCUCAGGCUCACCCACCUCUUUUUCCUCUUCCCRUUUUCCCUAACUUCGGGAGGAUUGAUUAAUCUAUCUUGUAUUAAUUGGCAUUAGAGUUGGUUUUCAACAUGGGGUGGAUCUGCUAUCAGUCUUCUGCACUCGCUCAUUGAGCGUGUGUUAUCAAUUUCGUAAAGGAUGCCUGCAAGCAUGAAAACUGCACUGCUCUCAAA